CCUAUACUUGCAAAUUGCAACCACCAACGCACCUUAAUUUCGCCCUCUCUCUUUAUCUUUCUCGCUGUCUUCUCUCUGCUACUUAGGGCUUCUCAGGUUCUUCUCUCACGGCGCAGUUUAUCGUCAAUAUCGCAUAUUAUUGUACGCCGGGAGAGAUUUAUCAGUUCUGUUCUUUCUCGUUGUGAUCGAGUUCAUCCACUCUCGUUCCUGGUGAAGUUUGCGAGGAGGUUUUUAGGGUUUGAUUUUGAUCUUCUUCCUCACCCUUUCUAUCUAUUUGUUUCUGGAAGAUCCUUCGGAGGGAUUUCCUAUAUCCUUGCUGUUCCUUGGAGAAAUUUAGGUUUAGGGUUGAUGCUUUGGCGGAGCUCGGCAUCCGCCGGACGGGAUAACUGUUUGGUUUUCGCGGGCGAUGGCCAAUCCCGGUGUCGGGAACAAGUUUGUUUCUGUGAAUCUGAAUAAAUCAUAUGGGCAGCCUCCAAGCUCUUUAUCAAAUGCAGGAGCCAGCCGAGUGCGGCCCGGUAGCCAUGGCAACACAGGCGGUGGAGGUGGGAUGGUGGUUCUUUCAAGAUCUAGGAAUUCGAUUGUGGGUGUGCAAAAAACUGGACCCAGGCUUUCAGUUCCGCCCCCCUUGAAUUUGCCGUCCUUGAGGAAGGAACAUGAACGUUUUGACUCAACAUCGGCAGGGCUUGGUUCUGCUCGCCCUGGAAGUUCUGGUUCUGGAUCGAGACCAACUUCUUCGGGUAUGGGCUGGACCAAAACCGUCGCUUCUACAUUGCAAGACAUUGAUGGCGUAAGCCAUCACCCUUUGCCUGGGCGAUCGGGUGCUGGAACUCAGGUAGUUGAUGGUGGUGAUCAUCCCUCGAAUUCUGCAGAUGGUGUGUCGAGGGCAAGGAGCAGUUACAUGCCCCCCUCUGCAAGGCCGGGUGCUGUCGCAACCCCAGUGAUUGGUUCUGCUUCUUCUUUUCCACCGGUUGAGAAGGCUGUGGUUCUCAGAGGGGAAGACUUUCCAUCCCUGCAUGCUACGUUGCCUAUUUCUGGGUCUGCUCAGAAGCAGAGGGACAGUUUACAUCAGAAGCAAAAGCAGAAGGUGAGUGAUGAAGCAUCGGAUGAGCAGACAGAAGGUUCUAAAUCAAGGCCGCUCCUUCUUAUGCGCCCGCAAGUGCAGUCAUCCCAUCAUACUGUUGGUUCUGGUUUGAAUGAGAAUGGCAUCAUGAGUCCAUCUGGUGGUACUAGCACAAAGGAACAAUCCCGUAAGCUGGAUGAUUACUUUCCAGGUCCACUGCCACUUGUUCGGCUUAACCAUACAUCUGAUUGGGCUGAUGAUGAACGUGAUACGGGUCAUGGUCUGCCUAGCCGAGAGAAGGAUCAUGGGUUUUUAAGAACUGAAGCCAUUUACGACAGGGAUUUUGAUAUUUAUAGGGAUCGUGGACCACGCUCACGUGCUGAUGAGCUUUCUGAUGGUCGGACUCUACGCUUUAAUAAUGAUGCUGGGAAGGUUGCUUCAAGGGAAUUUCUACGGACAGACUCUUAUGGCAGAGAAGUUAGAACACCUAGUAGAGAAGGUCGAGAUGGGAGCUCAUGGAGAGCUUCACCCCCUACGAAAGAUGGAUAUAGUGCCCGUGAAGUUAGGAUUGACAGAAAUGGUCUCACUGCAAGGCCUUUCAGCAUCAAUCGUGACAUGAACAGAGAGAAUAAAUACAAUCAAUCACCCUUUGCAGACAAUUACCGUGAUUUUAGCAAUGGAAUCGUGGGAACACAAGAUUCAAGGUUUGGAAGGCGGGAUUUGGGUAAUGGGCAAGGGAACAGACAAAAUGGGAAUCAUAUGGUGGAAUCAUUUUCUAGUAGAGCAACUGAACAGAAUAUGCGGGACCGGCACAGUGGUGAUAUCUCCAAUCGGUACAGAGGUGAUGUGUUCCAAAACAGUUUGGUGCCUAAAACAUCAUUUUCUUCCGGAGUUAAGGGGCUCUCUAUGAAUGAUCCAUUGCUUGAUGUUGGUAGAGAAAAGCAUUCAUUCUCAAACAAUGGAAAACCAUUUCAUGAAGAUUCUUUCUUAAAAGAUUAUGGAGGUGGCUCUGGGUUUGACGGAAGGGAUCCUUUCUCUGGUGCUCUUGUUGGGGUGUUUAAGAAGAAGAAGGAUGUGUUGAAACAGAAUGAUUUCCAUGACCCUGUUAGAGAAUCUUUUGAAGCAGAACUUGAGAGGGUACAAAAGAUGCAGGAGCAAGAAAGGCAUCGUAUCAUGGAGGAACAGGCAAGAGCAUUGGAGUUAGCUAGGAAAGAAGAGGAGGAGAGAGAGCGGCUAGCUAGGGAAGAGGAAGAGCGGCAGAGAAGGCUUGAAGAAGAAGCCAGAGAGGCUGCGUGGAGAGCAGAACAGGAGCGUGUGGAGGCUGUGCGGAGGGCUGAAGAACAAAAGAUUGCUAGAGAGGAGGAGAAACGGAGGAUUCUUAUGGAGGAAGAAAGGAGGAAAGAGGCUGCCAGACAGAAGCUGUUGGAGUUGGAGGCAAGGAUUGCACGGAGACGGGCUGAAGCAAUGAAAGAUGAUAAGUUCCCUGCUCCUAUUGGGGAUGGAAGGUUGCUUGAGAUGGUGAGAGAGAAAGAAGUUUCGACGGAAGCAGAGGUGGGUGGUUGGGAGGAUGGCGAGAAAAUGGUGGAAAGGAUCACAAAUUCUGCUUCUUCUGAAGCAUCCAGUCUGAAUAGAUCGUUUGAGAUUGGUUCUAGGCCUCACUCUUCAAGAGAUGGAAAUUCUGCAUUUCUUGAUAGAGGAAACCCUGCAAAUCCAUGGAGAAGGGAUGUGUUUGAGAAUGCUAACAACUCGACCUUCCUUCCACAGGAUCAGGAGAGUGGUUACCGCAGUCCAAGGAGAGACGCAUUUGGUGCAGGGAGGGCAUUUCCUGGGAAAGAUAUCUAUGGUGGUCCUGGAAUUGUGUCUGCAAGGACUGCAUCUAAAGGAGUUUCAGAGGCACAUAUGGUUGAUGAUUUCCCUCACCUGAGAGGGCAGAGAUGGAACCUUCCUGGGGAUGGAGACCACUAUGGCCGGAACGUUGAGGUUGACACUGAAUUUCAUGAGAAUACUGCCGACAGGUUUGGUGAUAUGGGAUGGGGACAGGGUCAUUCUCGCAGUAAUCUGCAUGCUUCUUAUCCAGAAAGACUUUAUCAGAAUUUGGAGGUUGAUGGAUUUUCUUCUUAUGGGAGGUCAAGGCAUUCUAUGAAGCAGCCUCGUGUUCUUCCCCCUCCAUCGAUGGCUUCUAUGCACAAAAGUUCCCAUGGAGUUGAGACUGAAUGGUCUAGUUCUUCGGCUUUCCUAGACACUGAGAUGAAGUACCACCAUGCGCCACGAAGAAGUGAACCAAUUGUGUCAACAGGUUAUGAUGGUGGUUACCAGGAGAAGCUUGAACAGACGGGAAUAAUGGAAGCUCAGCAAGAAAAUGCUGUCCCUGAGAAGAACAAGCUAGAUAAGCCUGCCACUCCAGGGUGUGACUCACAAUCCUCAUUAUCUUUUUCAAGUCCACCCAACUCACCUACUCAUCUUUCGCAUGAUGACUUGGAUGAGCCUGGAGACCCUCCAGUAUUGCCUGCUGCUGCAGAAGGCGAAGAGAUGGCUUCAUCUGUCAGUGAACAUGUUGCUUUAGCAACAGAGAUUGGUAAUGCAAAUGUGAUAACUCCCUCGAGUUCUGUUGCUCCUCUUGAAGAUGAAGAAUGGGCUAUUGAGAACAAUGAAGAGAUCCAACAGCAAGUAGAAUAUGAUGAGGAGGAAGACGGUUAUGAGGAAGAAGAUGAAGUGCAUGAAGGAGAUUAUGAGAACGUUGAUCUGGCUCAGGAGUUCAAGAAUUUGCAUAUGGAAGAGAAAGAUACAUCAGGCAAGAUGGACCAGUUGGUUUUAGGUUUCAAUGAAGGUGUAGAAGUUGGAAUCCCUAGUGGUGACGAGUUUGAAAGAACUUCCAAGAAUAGAGAGAAGGCAGUUGGGAUGGAACAGGUUUCUCUUAGCAUUUCAGAAGAACCUGGAUCUUUGAAUGGGUCGGUUGGUGAUGGACAAAGCUUUCAUCCUGAGAAUGACUCUAAUAUGCAUGCUGAAAGCUUUUCUAAAACAAUCCAGGAACCUGAGCAGGCACUUCAAGAUCUGGUUAUCCCGUCUGUGGACUGUGCCCUCAGCGCAGCCACAUCUGCUGGUUUUCUUCCAGAUACUGUGGAAGCCUCUGGUAGUCCCAGUUUACCGGCUCAGCAGCCAGUAGUAUCUUCUGUGAACAUGGCCCUCCCUUCAGCUGUCGUGUCAACUGUUUCUGCAGUUCCAAGCCAAACUGAUGGACCUGUCAAGCUGCAGUUUGGCCUGUUCUCUGGCCCGUCCCUUAUACCAUCUCCAGUUACAGCCAUACAGAUUGGUUCUAUACAGAUGCCUCUCCAUUUACAUCCUCAGGUUGGGCCAUCUCUUACUCAAAUACACCCGUCACAACCUUCUUUCUUCCAGUUUGGUCAACUCAGGUAUCCUUCUCCCAUCUCUCAGGGAAUUUUGCCGUUGGCUCCUCAAUCAAUGCCUUUUGUUCAGCCUACUGUUCCAGGCCAUUACUCUUUGAAUCAGAAUCAGGGAGGUCCUUUGCAUAAUCAAGCAGGUCAAGACACUUCUAGUCAGAUACCCGCUGUGAAAGAUAAAGCAUCAUCUGUUCUGAUGGAUAACCAACCUGUCCUUGUACCAAAGCCGUUGGAUUUAUCUCAGGAAAAUGUGGACAAUGAGACCAAUUUACCUCCUAGAGAAAGAGUGGAUGAUGAAGUUCCAACUUCUCAGAGUCUAUUGGAGAGCUCCAUUCUUGGUGAAAAAAAGUCUAAAUCAGCCCCAAUUUCCCAGGAUCAAAGGUAUCAUGAUCGGUCUGGGAAGAAAAACAAUAGAUUGAUAUCUAAUAAUGGAGAAUCCCAGGGGCCUUUGCAUUGUGAAUCAAAUUCAUCCCAUUUUCUUUCUAGUGAAAGAGCUUUGAAUGCGUCAAAGGCUCCUGGCCCAAUGUCUGGUGGAAAAGGAAAGAAACUCAUUUACACUGUCAAGAAUUCUGGUCCAAAAUCAUCAUUUCCAGGUCCUGAGGCAUCUGCUCGUUUGGAUACUAGUGGAUUUCAGAGGAGGUCUCAAAGGAACAUCCGGCGUACUGAAUUUAGAGUGCGAGAGAAUGCUGAUAGGAGGAAAAUGGAAACUGUAGUUUCAAGUAACAGUAUACUGGAUGAAAAUCCAAAUUUGAAUGGAAAGGUGUCUGGACUCUAUCCAAGAAGUGGGGCCAAGAGGGAUUUUGUUUCAGCCAAACAAUCUAAGCAGUCAAUUCAAUCUGAAAGCAUACACUUUGGUUCACUCAGUUCACAUAUGGUUGAUUCUGAAAGCAAGAUGGAAAAGGGACAAGGGAAAGAAGCUUCAACAAAGAGGGUUACAUCUUCGCCUGUUAUCGGACACUCUGGAGAGGGAAACUUGAAGAGAAAUAGCAGUUCUGAGGAGGAUGUUGAUGCUCCCCUGCAAAGUGGUGUUGUGCGUGUUUUCAAACAAUCUGGCAUAGAAGCCCCUAGUGACGAAGAUGACUUCAUUGAGGUGAGGUCUAAAAGGCAGAUGUUGAAUGAUCGGCGAGAACAGAGAGAAAAGGAAAUUAAGGCCAAGUCGAGGGUCAUAAAGGCACCUCGAAAACCUCGUGCUCCUUCACAAAAUGUUGUUUCCAACAAUUCAAAUAAAAUCCCUACAUCAUUGGAUGAAGCAGCGAGUAACAAGUGUUCUGAAUCCGUCAUCACUGAUGGGCGGGCAUUGUCAAAUGUUGAAGUAUCUCCUGGAUUUACUUCCACUGUGAUAUCACAACCCUUGCCUCCUAUUGGCACUCCUGCUGUGAAUACUGAUGUCCAGACGGAAAAAAGAUCCCAUAAUAUCAAGUCUCUUCAGACAGGCUCCAUCUCUGUCAUAUCUAGUGUUGGAACUAGCAUUGGGGCGGGUUUACCAUUUGAUAACAAAAAUGGGGUUCUGGAUAAUGUUCAAACAUCCCUGACUUCCUGGAGCAAUGCCCGGAUUAAUCAACAGGUUAUGGCCCUAACACAGACCCAACUUGAUGAGGCUAUGAAUCCAGCAAGAUUUGAAGCACAUGUUGCUUCUGUUGGUGAUCACACCGGUGCUGUUAUUGAGCCCAGCAAGCCAUCACCACCCAUUUUGUCACAGGACAAAUCAUAUUCUUCUGCAGCAAGUCCCCUCAACUCCUUGCUUGCAGGGGAAAAAAUUCAAUUUGGUGCUGUUACGUCUCCCACCAUUCUACCUCCUGGCAGCCGGGCUGCUGCAAAUGGGAUUGUCCCUCCUGUUGCAUGUAGGUCAGAUCCAAUUGACCACAAUCUGUCUACUGCUGAGAAUGAUUGUACACUGUUCUUUGAAAAAGAGAAGCACCCCAGUGAGUCUUGUGUUCAUUUGGAAGAUCCUGAGGCUGAAGCUGAGGCAGCUGCCUCUGCAGUUGCUGUUGCGGCUAUCAGUAGUGAUGAGAUAGUGGGGAAUGGCCUGGGCGCAUGCUGUGUCUCGAUGUCAGAUGCUAAAACUUUUGGAGGUGCAGACAUUGAUGGGUUGACUACAGGAAAUGGUGUAACUGGUGAUCAACGAUUGGCAGUUCAGUCAAGGGUCGAGUCACUGACUGUAGCCCUUCCAGCUGAUCUCUCAGUUGAGACUCCAUCACUUUCCUUAUGGCCACCUUUGCCAAGCCCACAAAAUUCUUCCAACCAACUGCUGUCACAUUUUCCUGGGGCCCCACCUUCGCAUUUUCCUUGCUAUGAGAUGAAUCCCAUGCUGGGGGCCCCCAUAUUUGCGUUUGGCCCACAUGACAAGUCUGCCGGUACUCAGUCGCAGUCAGAGAAAAGUAGUGCUCCGGCUUCAGGACCUCUGGGAGGCUGGCAACAAUUCCACUCUGGUGUAGACUCCUUCUAUGGUCCUCCAGCAGGAUUUACAGGUCCUUUCAUCAGCCCUUCUGGGGGAAUCCCAGGUGUUCAAGGCCCUCCUCACAUGGUUGUGUACAACCAUUUUGCACCAGUGGGACAGUUUGGGCAGGUUGGCUUGAGUUUCAUGGGUACCACGUAUAUUCCCUCAGGGAAGCAACCUGACUGGAAGCACAACCCUACUUCUUCAGCAAUGGGUAUUGGGGAGGCGGAUAUCAACAAUAUGAAUAUGGUUUCUUCCCAGCGCAAUACCCCGAGCAUGCCUGCUCCCAUCCAGCAUCUGGCUCCAGGAUCACCACUGUUGCCCAUGGCUUCUCCUUUGGCCAUGUUUGACAUGUCUCCUUUCCAGUCCUCAGCCGAAAUACCAGUCCAAGCCCGCUGGUCCCAUAUUCCUCCAUCACCCCUGCACACGGUUCCAUUAUCGAUGCCAUUGCAGCAGCGGACAGAGGGUGUGUUUCCCUCACAGUUCAGUCAUGGACUUUCCGGGGACCAAACAUCAACUGUAAACAGGUUCCACGACUCUCAAACUUCAGCACCUCCGGACAACAACAGGAAUUUCCCUGUGGCAGCAGAUGCCACUGUUACUCGCUUGCCUGAUGAACUAGGGUUGGUAGAUCCUUCAAGUUCCACCACCAUCCGGGUUUCAACCAGUAGACCGACUUCUAGCAGCUUAUCUAGUGGGAACGGCAAGGCCCAGAUUGUUGUCACAAAGAACUCGUCCAAAAGCACUAUAACUAAUGCUAGUGAGAGUGGCGGUAUUCACAACUUGAGCAAUAGCAGUGGCCAAAGCAUGACCUCUGCUUUCAAGGCCCAGUCUUCUCAGCAGCAGACCUCAUCAACACAACAGUACCUUAAUCCAACUGGGUAUUUGGAUCAAAGAACUGGUGGACUUUCUCAGAAGGCAAGUUCUGUAGGGGAAUGGUCUCAUCGGAGAAUGGGGUUCCAAGGAAGAAAUCAGUCAUCAGGGACCGAUAAAAACUUUGUCUCUAAAAUGAAGCAAGUCUAUGUUGCUAAACCAGCUUCUGGUGGGGCUUCAGCUGCAGUUUGAGAACUGAGGUCCUCGUGGGUGUUUCGUAAGUUGGGAUGAUUUGUCAACAUAUGCUACGUGAAUUGAAUGAUUGGUUCCUUGCAUCAGCACGGCAGCAGUGGGGUUGGGAAGGUGAACGAUGAGACUUGGUUUGGCCGUUAGCUGUAGGUAGCUUUUUGUUAGUGAUUACAGUAUUUUCAAAAUUUCAAUUUUCAGUGAGGGGAGAUUGAGAAAGGAGAUAAUAGGGGCCAUAAGAUGGUGGUUUGAAAAUGUUAUAUCAGAGCUCCUGGAGUGGUGGUCUUUUUUGUUUCAUUAUUUUCCCUUUUAAAUUCUUUUUGGUUCCUGGGUUGACCCCAUGACCUGAGCUGUUGUUUAGGGUCAUGCACUAAGAAGAAUAUUUGAAAUCCCAGCUGUUAAUUCUUUAAUAUUAAUUAUCAAUGAUAAAAUAUGGGUAUUUUGCGCA